CGCCACAGACAUCAUCUCAGUGACUUAAGAAAGGCUGAUAUUCUCCUUAGACACGACAAAGGUAAGAACAGUGAUCCUGUGUCGAGCCACAUAAGAUCCAGGCAUAUUUUGCCACCUCUCAUUAGUGAUGAAUCAGGUGUCCUCAAUACCACAAUUCCAUCUCAUUCUUCACAUGCAAGUCAUGAUGAAAGGCUCCGCGAUCGAUUAAGAACUCGGUUACUCCAGAAACAUUUAUCCAGAAAUCGUGGCCUACUUGGCAAGAUUGUCUCUGCUUCUGAUUCUGUGAUCGGGACAGAUAAAGAAUCUCUUAAAGAGUUUGGUAAUCAUCUGAUGCAUCUAACGAAUAGAUGCUCUCCUUCCACCAACUCACAUCGCGGCUGUUUGAUGAGGCGAAAUGAAGGGCGCUCCAAGUUGGAUUUGUUCAAUAUUUCAGAAAAGCGUACUCACACAGUAAACCGAGAGACGGAUGCAACAUCUCAGCAAUUAGAUAGUGGAGAUGAGCAUCAGUAUAGUCCAUCCAUUCAUUCCUUUCGCUUUCGCUUUGUUGGACGAGAAGUUUGUUCUGAUUCUGAGUGUCAUAUAUCUCGACUUCCUAGCCAAGAAUCUAUAUCACGAUUUGAUCCAUCCACUUCUAAUGGACAUCUAUACCUUUAUUUUCACAAAGGGUCCUCUCGACAGAGAUCUCUUUCGUGGAACGAAGACAUUUCCUCUCCUGGUAAAGCGUCUCCUGCCAGUGAUUCCCCAACUGUGUCCCCUGUUGCAAUCACAAUGCAUAGGGGUGAACAAAAUAAGCGUAAACGUACUGAAGCCCAUCGGCUUACAGAGGAGCAAGUUUCUCUCUUCCAUGAUCAACAAUAUAAGGUUACUCUUGAUCUAGCGGACAGGCUUUGCAGCGAAGAAUCGACUAGACUAUCUUCUCCUUUAAUCGGCUUAUCUGCUCAUAAACUUAAGUAUAAAAGAUCUUUUCUGGGAUCCAGAAACGGGCAAAUCAUUGGAGAUCGUGAAAAAGAAAAGGCUAUACUAAAAAGCCUAAAAAAUGAUGACAGAGAUGAAGAUAUUGUUGCUGGGAGUGGCGAAGAACGUGAUGAUAGUGGUGAUGACCCAACAAUGAGAUCUAGCGACGUUAAUUUCGAUUCCGGGGACUCCCGAGAAUCCGUUCACCAUCAGUUAGUCCGUUCUCGGCGAGAGAUUGCUAGUCUUCGUCGGCGUCUUGAUGAGGCGGUCAGGCGUGAGGUUGAUUUGCAAGCUGCUAACGAAGUGCUGGUUCGCCAGAACGUCAGACUUAGGCAUACGACAGAGCACGCUGCUGCAGUCGCUCGCGUGGCUGAAUCGGCUGCUGCCAUCGUUGAAGCUCAUCAUCAGCAACAGCAACAGCACCAGAUAGCUACGGCUGCCACUCCUGCUUUUAUCGUCUCCACCGCUCCGGCCAUGUCUGUUUCGGCUCUGGCCACAGCUCCAGCACAGCCAGUAUCUGCCGCUUCUUUGCCACUACCCCAUACAGCCUAUAUUCCUCCAGGUCAAGCUGUGACAGCAACACUUCACCCUACCACAGCUCAUCAUUUGCUCACUGUUCAGCCGGCCCCUGGUCCUUCACAAACCGCUCAACCAACCGCUACCCUCUCUAUUAUUGACCAGACACAGUCAGUGCAGCCUCAAGCCGCAGCCACGUUUGCGAAUGCCCAUCAUCCAUCGGCUCCCACCAUUUACCCUUUAGUAAGGCCAAGAUGUUUAAUUUUUGCUUUUAUUUAA